UCCGGCCGUUAGCGCCGCCAGAAGCCAUGGAGGAGUACGCUCGAGAGCCUUGGUACGACGGUGGUCACUGGCAUCCGGACGGUUGCUUCGGCGCCCAGGCCAGCCAUGGGAGGCGGGCGGGGGAGAUCCGCCCCUGGCGAAUCGUGGAUGACUGCGGUGGAGCCUUCACGAUGGGCGUGAUCGGCGGCGGAGUCUUCCAGGCUAUUAAGGGUUUCCGCAAUGCUCCCGUUGGAAUUCAACACCGGUUGAGAGGUAGUGUCAAUGCCGUGAGGAUCCGAGCACCCCAGAUUGGAGGCAGCUUCGCGGUGUGGGGGGGCCUGUUCUCCACCAUCGACUGUGGCCUGGUGCGGAUUCGGGGCAAGGAGGAUCCCUGGAACUCCAUCACCAGUGGAGCUCUGACAGGGGCCGUGCUGGCUGCCCGAAGUGGCCCGCUGGCCAUGGUGGGCUCUGCGAUGAUGGGGGGCAUCCUGCUGGCCCUCAUCGAGGGUGUCGGCAUCCUCCUCACUCGCUAUACUGCCCAGCAAUUCCGCAAUGCACCCCCAUUCCUGGAGGACCCAAGCCAGCUACCCCCUAAGGAGGGUACCUCAGCCACCGGCUAUCCCAGCUAUCAGCAGUACCAUUGAGGAAACCACCACCUGACACCACCACCGUGGGAGCUGCCCCUCGGUUCCCUCCCCAGUGAUCUACCUCGAAGGGAGGGCUGGCUCCCAGUUAGCCCUGGGACCUCCAGAGAGGGCCUCUUCUGUGCUUCCCUGUCCCAGGGUGGGGGUGGGGCACCCCAGCUGCCCUGACAGAUGGGUCUCUUUUUUAUCUCAGGGCACCCCAGCCCCACACAUUUAACAGGCUCUUACCCCAGCUCCUUUGUGUGGCACCCUAAUGAGUAUUUAAAGCCAGUUUGGAAAUGCC